AUGAGACAUAUAAGUUUAUCAUAUCCAAGUGGUGAACACCGUAAAUCAAGUUCAAAAUCUAAAAAUACAUUUCGAAGUCCAUCAUUAAAACGUAGUCCAAGUCUUCGUUUUCGUAAAUCUCAAAAAUCUUCAAUAACUCAACCAGCCCAAGCAAUUCCUUCAUUAAGUGGAACAAAUUCUAUUCCAAAUAGUGGAAAUGUAACAUCACCUCGUCGUUCAUUUGUUAAAUCAAUUGUAAAAAAAGGUCUUCGAACAUUAAAAUCGUCAUCAUCAUUAUUAACAAGUCAAAUGAGUGGACAAAUUUAUGAUGAAUCAAGUGGAGAAUCAUUAUCAUCAACAACAGGUACAUGUACACUUUCUCAAGGAAUUAAUUUUGGUAUUGAAUUAGAAGAAUGUGAAAUAUCAUCAAUAUCACGUUAUAUUCCAAUUGUUGUCGAAAUUUUAACACGUCUU